UAACAAAUAUGUGCAAUGUAUUUGAUACAAAUUGUUCUACUUUUUCCACCUGUGAACAAUUUUCGCCGUUUUCUCAUACAUCAGACAUGUGAGCAAUUUCGUCAACAGUACGAUCUCUUCACUUUUUCAGUGGGGCAAGGUCCAUUCCGCCGUACAGUUGUCUGUUUUCGGAAUCAAUUAUUGGAUCCGAAUAAGUUUACAGAUACUGCGGCAGCAGCGAAUUUCGAAUCGCGAAAAAAGUCACCGGUGAAAUGCUGGCGAAGUGCUGAGCGAAAAGCGGAAGGUGUCGCAAACGGCAUAACUGCAACGACUUCUUCGUUAAUUGUUAGACAUCAAAAAACUACAAUUUGUAAAAUGGGUGUGGAGAAGAACGGAAGUGAAACUCGCUUAAGCAAAACGAACUCAAUAGAUCUCUAUAAACCUCCAGCUUUAAGAAAUCAUAAUCAGAGUGCCGAUCAGGUUGAUACGACGGCUACUGCAACUUUUGCCAAAAUUGGGUCAGUGAAUGCAACUGUUACAACAACUGUAGAGGCUUCAUGUGCAGCAGCAGCAACAGCAGAAACAGCAGCAGCAACAGCAGAAACAGCAGCAAUCACAACAACAGCAGUAACAAUUGGCAAAACACCACUAUUAUCUACCUCAAUAUCAUGCAAUAAUUCCCCAACACAUGCAAAUGAGAAUAAGAGUUUCGAUAAUAAUGCAGUGACCUCGAGGUGCGUAAGCGACAGUGACUGCGCAGUAACGACAACAACAACAGGUACAUCAGCCGCAGUAACGAUCAAUUCAGCGUCGCCAACAACUGAAGCUGAAGCUAUGCCAGAUAAGCCAGUGACGAGCGCUGUAGUCAGCAACAGUAGCGGUCAACAAAGGCAAUCGUCAGUAGUACGACGUGAACGUCGGCCAGAUAGAGCGGUUUAUAUUCCAAGGGCACGACGCAGUCAAACUACCCCGCCAACGACGCCGGCGGCAACAGCUGUCGAAGUAACAGGAAUACAACAACAGCAACACCAGCAAGCAACUGCUACUAUCGCACCAUCGACUGCUUCGUUAAUUCCGACGACGAUGCCACCAACGACAGUUUGUAAUAAUAGCAGCAGCAACGGCGGCGGCAGUAAUCAACAGCAAUUGGCAAUUACUUCAGAGACAAAAGCGUCAGUAUACACAGCAGCGUCGACCAAGUUGGACGAAAUAUCUGACAAUAGAAAUACUGCUGCUACUGUUGUUUCAGCCGGAAAGAAGAUAAAAUCAGCUACAGUGAGUAGUCGUGAGCGGAGAGAACGUUCUAAAAAGACAAAUGUGAAUGUGGUGUCGCAUGACGCGAAAAUAUCAAAAUUAUCAUUCGAGAGAAGUGAAACGAAACAACAACAAAACGGGCAUGAUUCAAUAGUGUUUCCUGAUACAAGAGUUAGCAAAGAAACAUUGUUAAAUCAAUCACAACAACAACAAACAUAUUUGAAUACUGAUAAUUUGCAAAGAUCCUCGCUCUUUGAACAACAAUCUACUGAGGCAACGCAAAUACCAGCGGAAAUAAUUUUGAACAACGAAAUGAAUUCGAAUUCGGGCAAACGAAAUAAGGUGAAACGAAGUAGUUCUGGAAAUGCUAGUAAAGUACAGAAUAUACGCAUUGAAGAUGUUGCAUCGAAAGAAAAUGGUACACGGAGUACAACAAAAUGUGAUAUUGAAGCGCAAGAGUUCCAGCGCGCAUCGAAGGAAAUAAAUCGCAGCAAUCGCCGCAUCAUCAAACAAACAUUCGUCUCAGAUGUACUUGAAAUUCCUGAAAAAAUUGAACAUGGCACUGAAAAUGAUAAGGACUCAAGUCCAAGGAGUCCGAAUAUUAUAUUGCAGCUUCCCGUUCCGACAAUAAGUUCGCGUUCGACGAUAGAUAGCACUACGGAGGAGGAGGAAGAAGACGAUUGGGAAACUUUGUAUGAUGAUAGUGGAGAGUGCUUAGAUCCGAAAAUUAUGCAGGAACUCACUGCUUCGGUGGGAAAAGUGAAAAUUGAAUUGCCAAAAAUGGAUUAUAGUGCAUAUCUUACAAAACAGUCUAUACUCAAUGAUGAAGAGUUCCCACACGUACUGGAAGUAUCGAAUUUCCCUGUUGAGUUUAAGAAUCAUGACCUUCUUAUGGUUUUCUCACAAUACAAAGAAUCUGGUUUCGAUAUCAAAUGGGUGGAUGAUACUCAUGCAUUGGCUGUGUUCAGUAGCUCACGCAUUGCUGCUGAAGUUUUAACAAUGGGCCAUCCAUUCGUAAAGCUGAAACCGUUAGCUGAGGCUACAGCUGAAUCUCGCUUAAAGGCUAAGAAAUGUGCAGCAUCCCUGCAACCAUAUCGUCAGAGGCCGGAGACUUGCGCAGCACUGGCACGUCGUCUUGUAACCGGCGCUCUAGGCGUUCGACUGAAAACGGCAGCCGCAGAAAGAGAGAAUGAAAAACGUGUUUUACGUGAAGCCAAAGAACGUAAGAUGUUAGCAGCUAAGCAACGUGAUGAAAUCUGGGAAAGCUAAACGUCAAUGAAUGCGUCAUAAUUUAUGCACCAUUUUCCUGCCGGCAUUCUAAAUAUUUAUGGGGAAGAUACAUAAAUAAUGAAAAUCGUUUUAAACAUGAUUAGCUAUAGUUAAUAUAAAUUUUAAAGAAGGUACCAAUAACAGAUGUAGAAAUAAGAUACUAGUAGAGAAUUAUUAAUUUAAAAUUUUGUAAGGAUACAAACACGAACAUACAGUCAGUAGUUUGUCAUAAACAAACAAGUGCAAUAUAUUUGCUCAACAAAUUAUUUGAUAUAUUAUUUAAAUAUGAGCAGUUCGUUUACAUUCUUUUGUGUGUACACAUACAUACAAAAAUGUGCAAUAAAUGCCAAUGUACUGCAAUCCAACAAACAAAAUGUAUAUUUUUACAAUAUUUUAGCAAAAAAUUGUAAGUUAUGAAAAGUGAAGAACUUUACAAAAUUCACAUGGAUGUAAGGUAUUUUAUUGUAUGCAUUGUAUUUUUGAAAAGUUGUUUAUUUAUAAGAGAAUAUUUUGCGAAUAAAAAUUCUGAAAGGCAACAAAUAUGAAAGUUGCGUAAGAA